AUGGAGCAGUCACAGUGUGGCAGCAGAGACCGCAGCGGCAGCGGCCGACCCCACCUGGCCCCGGGGCUGGUGGCGGCCGCCCCUCCGCCCCCGUCUCCGGCGUUGCCAGUGCCCCCGGGGAUACCGGUUCCUCCAACUUUCCUGCGGCCGCCCAGCCUCUUUCUGCGGGCAGCCGCAGCCGCCGCGGGAAGCGGGGGCUGCGCGCCGGCUCCCGGACUGGAGAGAGGGGUGGGCGCCGUGGGCUGCGGCUAUCCGCGGACACCCAAGUGCGCCCGUUGUCGCAACCACGGCGUCGUGUCGGCACUCAAGGGCCACAAACGCUUCUGCCGCUGGCGGGACUGCGCGUGUGCCAAGUGCACCCUGAUAGCCGAGCGCCAGCGCGUCAUGGCCGCCCAGGUGGCGCUGCGCCGGCAGCAGGCCCAGGAGGAGAGCGAGGCCCGGGGGCUGCAGAGGUUCCUGUACCCGGGGCCCUGCGGGCCCGGGGGUCGGACACCCGGAGGCGGUAGCCGAACGGAGAAUUCCCAGGCCUCGAGCGGCCGUGUGGCGGUGACGACGCUGGGACUGGGUGCCCUGAGACACACUGAUCUGGCGACCCCUGCUUUCCAAGUUGUCCAGCCAGAUGAUAUGGAGGAAAACCAAGAACUAAAAGAGAGUAAAUACGAAUCAUGCCAGAGUGGACAAGAAGAGCCAGUCUCCAAAUCCCAUCAACGUACUCUGGGAUCCUCUCCUAAGCCUAAUGGUGUCAUUGGAAAACAAAACAUCAGGCCGUCUAUUUCAGAAAACUCAAUCAAGGAUGAUAGCAUUCAGCCUCCUCACCCUGGGGAGUUAUCAGGAGGGGAAGAGAGUCCCAGGUCCCUGUCAUCAUCUGAUUUGGAAUCAGGAAAUGAAAGUGAGUGGGCCAAAGACUUCACUGCUACCAGAGCCAGCCUUCCCACACUGUCCUCAAGACCAAGAGACCCUCUUGAUAUCCUUACCAGGAUUUUCCCAAGUUAUAGGCGUAGCCGACUAGAAGGCAUUCUGCGGUUCUGCAAAGGGGAUGUGGUCCAAGCCAUUGAACAGGUCCUAAAUGGGAAGGAGCACAGACCAGACACCAGGGACCUAGCAAGCUCAGGAGAAUUGGCAAAUACAGCUUUUCAGAGAGCUUCAAAUUUUAGUUUAGGUGGAAUUGGUUUUGGAACUCUAGGGAAUAAAUCCGCUUUCUCUCCUCUUCAGACUACGUCUGCCUCUUAUGGAGGUGAUUCACAUCUCUACAGCUUAAACCCCAGACUAGGUAUCAAUCCGUUACGGCUGGCAUAUUCCUCUCCAGGAAGAGGGCUAUCUGGUUUUAUGUCUCCUUACCUAACUCCGGGGUUGGUACCAGCACUGCCUUUUCGGCCAGCUUUGGAUUAUGCAUUUUCAGGAAUGAUUAGGGAUUCUUCCUACCUUCCUAGCAAAGACUCCAUAACUGGUGGCAGAUUGUAUUCCAGGCCAAAUCAGGACAAUCUGUAA